AUGAGCUGUCUCUUCCCUUGGAUCCGGUUCCUGCUCCAGUUUCCAGUCCUUCCAUUGCUAGUCGGUUUAUCAUCUGUUUCUGUUCCUAAAUCGGUUAAGGAGGCUCUUUCUCAUCCUGGUUGGCAACAAGCUAUGGUAGAUGAAAUAGCUGUUUUACAUUCCUCGGGAACUUGGGACUUGGUUCCAUUACCUCCUGGCAAAACAGUUGUUGGUUGUCGAUGGGUCUAUAACGUCAAAGUUGGACCAGAUGGACAUAUAGACAAACUCAAGGCUCGACUCGUAGCAAACGGGUACACUCAAGUGUUUGGCGUUGAUUACACUAAUACAUUCUCACCUGUGGCCAAGAUCUCUUUCAUCUAG